AGCUUCCCAAUACCUGGAAUGUGUGCUCAUGUGGAGGGGGACACAUCUCCUACAAUCCCUUUCUUUACCUCUAUUUCCUGGAAGAUAUAUCGCCUCAAAUUCGCCCUGCUCGACAGCGCGAGCUCAUCGUCCGCCAUGACGAAAUCUCAAGCCCUCCAAUCCAAUCUGGAUGUCGACUAUGUGAUUACCUAUCGGUUUGCAAAGACGGACAAGCGUACUGCCAUCGCCCAAUUCGAAAAGCUAUGUGAAGCCAUUGCGAAUGUCGGUCUGCAGACGGAGGUCCGCAACGGAGACAAUCAUUCCGUCCUCCUCUUUGUAAGGGUUGCUUCUGACGAGCACCUGUUCGGCGAAGUGUACAGAUCGAGAGUCCGCGACUGGAUCCAUGGCGUUCGCGCUACUGCUCCUCCCAAAGAGACACGCGAAGCUGUACACGCAGAGCCCCUCUACGAAGCCGAGAGGCUACGAAUCAUAUACCAGCUCAUUACGAACCCUGUGUCUGAGGGCGGAGCUGGCAUCACACCAAAGGAAGGAGAAUGGAAAGGCGUCGAAUCCAUCUUUGCUCUGCAUGACCAUGUGUACAACAAGGAUUGGAUCAAGAAGUGGACGUCGUCCUACUUUCUUAAGACGGAGGACUUGGAUGACAUUCGAAACCGCCUGGGCGAGAAGAUUGCCUUCUACUUCGCCUUUACGCAGUCCUACUUCACCUUUCUCAUGUUCCCUGCCGCCUUCGGCGCCUUCGCAUGGCUUUUCCUCGGCCAUUUCUCACCCAUCUACGGCCUAGCGAGUGCGGUGUGGUGCACUGUCUUCACUGAGUGGUGGAAACAUCAAGAAAUUGACCUUGGCGUUCGAUGGGGCGUCAAGGGUGUCUCUAAGAUUGACAACAGAAGAAGAGAGUUUAAGCACGAAAAGACAAUCACAGACCCAAUCACUGGAGAAGAUGUCAAGUUCUUCUCUGCGACAAAACGACUACAAAGGCAAUUACUGGUGGUGCCAUUUGCACUCUCUGCGAUAGUCAUGCUUGGGACUGUCAUCGCAACCUGCUUCGGUAUCGAAGUAUUCAUCUCGGAGGUCUACAACGGGCCCCUGAAGAGCGUUCUGGUCUUCAUUCCUACUGGUAUCCUCACAACCGUGAACCCUGUAUUGCUCACGAUUCUUACUUCACUCGCAACCCGACUUACAGAAUUCGAAAACCACGAGACUGUAAGCUCGUACCAAACUGCGCUGACCCAGAAGAUCUUUGUCAUGAACUUCAUCACGUCUUACCUUGGCAUCUUUUUGACGGCCUUUGUCUACGUUCCUUUCGGCACUGUGAUAGUGCCAUACCUUGACGUCUUCAACGUGGCUGUACGACCAUUUGUGGAAGACGAGAAGCAACUUCAUGUUUCCACGAACCAAACUUGGGGAAUCAACCCAGACCGUCUCCGCAAGCAGGUCAUUUACUUUACGGUCACUGCUCAAGUCGUCAACCUUGGCUUGGAACUCAUCGUCCCAUAUCUUAAGCGUCGGGGUUUUGCAAAGCUCAAGGAGUAUCAAUCAGAGAAGGCUGCGAAGAACGGCGGAACAUCCCUUUCCCCCGCAGCAACCGACCCGCCGGAGGAGGCCGAGUUUCUCGAACGAGUGAGGAAAGAAGCUGAACUGGACGUCUACGAUGUCAACGCCGAUCUCCGAGAAAUGGUCGUCCAGUUCGGAUAUCUUUCUCUUUUCUCUGUCGUUUGGCCCCUGACGGCUGUAUCUUUCCUUAUCAACGACUGGAUCGAGCUCCGCGCGGAUGCAAUGAAGAUUUGCGUGGAAAUGCAACGUCCCACUCCCUGGCGCGCGGACACCAUCGGUCCCUGGCUAGACUCUCUUUCUUUCCUCAGCUGGCUUGGCAGCCUGACUACCGCGGCCCUCGUCUUCAUGUUCCGCAAUGAUGGUGCAGGCCCUGAUGGCAAACCCUCCAACAUCACGCUCUGGGCUCUGCUCCUCGCGGUCUUCUUCUCCGAACACAUUUUCAUUCUCUUCCGUUAUGCAGUUUGCAUUGCUAUCUCGAAGCUUGACUCUCCUGGGCUACAGAAAGAGCGCCGCGAACGUUAUCUCAUCCGCAAGCAGUACUUUGAAGAAAACCUGAGUGCCCUCAAGACACUUCCUACAUUGAGCGGGUCAGGAGGCGAGAUUACAAGGCACUCGCUUGAAGAGGACGCCCGACAGAGCAGUCUGAGGGAGACUACGCCUGAGACGAGAUUCUGGGGAAGACAGAGAGGAUGGGGAGAGAGUGCAAUGGUUGCUCGGAGCUUGAUUGAGCAGACGGAGGUUGACACGAGCCCGGCGAUGAAGAAGGAGUUGUGAAGGGUAUGAGUGCCGAGUAUAAAGACGUGAUAUGAAGAUUGGGCUGUUGAGUCGAGACAAAAUUGGUACUGGGGGCAUGGUAGUCUUGUGAGCGAAAACAUGGUCAUUGAAGCAUUACCAGCCGGGUGUACUUGGUAGUUCAUGUAGCAUUCCUGUUUAUAACAAACGAGGUAUGGAUAUGCAGAUGGCGUUUUUUU